GAAAACUACUUUAGAGAAAAACGAGAUGGAAGAAUCGCAACAAGCGGUCCCCAUAUUUCAAGCCCAGAGCCCUUUGUCAGAUCUUUGCAACAAACUUAGUAAACUUCACCUUCAAUCUCCCGAGGUAAAAGAUAAUGAAAACGAAGAAGAAUAUUUUACUCCGCCGUCGACUCCACCUGCUGUAUUUUAUGAAAUAUCACCCUUUUACAUUUUUGGGUCACAAGCCAGCAAAACUGAUGUUGAUGUCCUUCGAGUACUGGAAAACGUCGAAUUGGACUUUUUAAAGUAUCCGAAUAUAUCAAUGUGGAAAGAAAAUAUGCUACAAUACAAUGAAGAUUACCUCAACAUGUUGAAAACUCCGGCCAGAGUGAAUAUGAACAACUCUCUAAAAUCUCCGUUACCUGAUACUCACCCGCCAUCUCCGCGUAUAUCUUCCAUAACAAAGUGCUUAAAUUCCCCAAGAAAAACUCGAUGUGACCUUUCCGUAGGUCGCUCUCGCCUUUCGGAAAGAUUUGAAAAUGCCUAGCUACUCGCGCGCUUUCUUUCCUUAAUACCCACACUUACACGAUGUAAUAUAAGUUGCGCGGAAUUUUUUGGCAGAUUCCUGUAUAAACAUUGAACAAGUAUGUCUGCCACUGUCAUAAUAAGGUUAUGAUAAUGUCAAGAUGAAUCAAUCUACUGUGUAUCCAUUAAAUCCUUCAAUUGUGCAUUUGAAAAAAAAGAAGCAAAUUGAUUCUCUACGUGUUUUCAUAGAAGAUGUUCAAGAAAUUCAUCCAGGAGAAUAUCAUGUACUAUUCCAUUCGGGAAACCGGGAGCUGACAAUUAAAAUUCAACUCCCGCCAGACUUCCCAACUCAGAAGCCUUUGAUUUGGAUUAGUCCUGCAAUUCAGCAUAACUGGGUUACAGACAAUGGUCGAAUAAUGUCACCAGGGUUGGUGAAUUAUUCGGAACAUUCAGAUUUGGGUCAAAUUGUGAAUGCAAUAAUCAGAGAAUUGAAAAAGUUACCAGAAAUAAAGACUUUUCCAAAUGGUCAAAAUGGAGUAAGUAGUAACAGAGAAACAUUCCUAUCAGCUAGUCAAUUUAGUCAGCAGCAGUAUUUCCCAAUUCCUCCCUUCAUUCCUGAAUUGGAGAGUCUUUCAAGAAAUCAGAUAAAAAAUCUAAGUGAAAAUGAAGAUGUUUUGCAUCAGUUUGUUGAGGAACUUCCUCAAGCAGAAGCAGCAUCGAAAGAUGUACAAAACCACAUGGAUAAUGUUGAAAAGAUAGCAAGGUCUGUCAGUGAUUUGAAAGAAACAUGGAAUGUUAAACGACAGAAAAUACUGGAACAUUAUGAGAUGCUUAAUAAACUGAAACAAGAUUGGGAUUCUUUAAACACUCAGCAUCAUAACUUAUCCCAACGCUACAUACCCAACAAUAUUGAAGCAAGCCUAAAGCAAGCUGCAUCACUGGCAGAUGAAAAAAGCGAAGAAAUCGCAGAAGUGUUUCUUUCUGGUCAAAUGGAUGUUGAUGCAUUUUUGAGCUCAUAUACAGCAUCUAGGACGGAAAGCCAUAUUCGCAAAACAAAGGAAGAAAUUCUACAUAAACAGCUCCAAGAGCUUCAAAGAUUGGGAUACUAAAUGUAUGGAAUUCAUGACAUGCCUUCUCUUUAUGAUAUAUGUAAAUCUUCAGAUUGUGCUCUAAUUUUCUUAAAUAAAGAUAAUCUUAAUCCCUGAAAGUAGAUUCUUUUUAGGUCUGUCGACUGUUCAGGAGCAGUGACUCAUUUUUUCGAGAGCAAAAUUUAAAAAAAACUGUAUACAUCAAUUUCAAAAUACAUGUUUUUUAAAUCA